AAACAAAGGAGAAAACAGGGUAUAUUCUAUGGGAAUUGAAUAGAACAUGAUAAUAUGGUAUAUAAUCCUUUUUUUCGCGGGAUUUGGGGUUCAAAAACUGUUGAGAUCAUGUUAUAAAAAUAAAGUGAAGAAAGGACGGAGAUCUAUAUGUCUAGUAGUAUUAGGAGAUCUUGGUAGAAGCCCUAGAAUGCAAUACCAUGCGCUUUCAUUGUCAAAACAGGGGUUUGAAGUGAAUCUUGUAGGGUAUCAGGGAUCAAUGUUAUUUCCGAAUAUAGAAGAAUCGGAGAAUAUCCAUAUUAUUUAUAUACCAUUUGAGCCGAAAAUAGUUAAUAAAUGUCAUUUAUUACCGUUUAUUUUGAGUGGACCUAUUAAAGUAUUUUUUCAGGCUUUUUUCCUAUUUUCUGCCUUAUUUUAUUUACCUCAAUCAACAGAAUAUUUAAUUUUACAGAAUCCACCAUCAAUUCCAUCUUUCGGAGUGACACGUCUUAUAUGUUCAAUGAGAUCAAUUAAGCUAAUUAUUGACUGGCAUAAUCUGGGAUACACAGUUUUAUCGCUAAAAUUAGGGCCUAAACAUAUUUUGACAUUGCUUUAUAGAUGGUAUGAACGGGUUUUUGGAAAUUGUGCUGAUAUCCAUUUCACUGUUUCUUAUGCAAUGACAACAUUUCUUAAAGAAAAAUGGAAAUACAAAUCACCGAUCUACACUCUUCAUGACCGACCUCCAAUGCAUUUUAAACCUCUUGAUAAUAUGGAGAAAUCAUCAUUUCUUUCAACAUUUGUUCAUACUUAUGAUUUUGAUAUUUCAAAUGAAAAAACAAAACUAUUAGUAUCAUCUACUUCUUGGACACCUGACGAAGACUUUUCCAUUUUAUUGGAAGCAUUUGUUGCUUUUGAUAGGAUGAAUACAAUUCUUAGCAAAAAUCAUGAACCGUUAUCUAUACUUGCAAUUAUUACUGGUAAAGGUCCUUUAAGGAAAUUUUAUGAACAAAAAAUUAAAAACUUAAAUUUAAAAUAUGUCAAAAUUGUCACUAUAUGGCUAGAUGCUAAAGAUUAUCCCCGAUUUAUAGGCAGUGCAGACUUAGGAAUAUCUCUUCAUACUAGUUCUAGUGGCUUAGAUUUACCAAUGAAAAUAGUAGAUAUGUUUGGUUGUGGGAUUCCUGUUUGCGCUGUAAAAUCUCCAGCUCUUUCUGAACUUGUAAAAGACGGUAAGAAUGGCAUUAUUUUUAGUUCUUCAAAUCAGCUCGCAGACUCUUUAAAGAAGUUAUUUUAUUCACAUGAGGAAUUAGAAAAAUUGAAAAAAGGUGCAAUGGAAGAAACUCGUUAUCGUUGGCAUAAUGAAUGGGAUGCAAAAAUAGCCCCAUUGUUUAAAAAACCUUAACAUAUAUCUAAUAAUGUAUUAUAACUAUAUUCUCAUUAAUCCAAA